ACGCAGCUCGCGGCGGCCGUGACGUGGCAGAGCGCGAGCUGGGCCAGUGGAAGCGGUCGCUCGGCCGGCGCAGCUAUGGGUCUCACUCUGUCCCAAUUCGUGAAGAACCUCUUCGGCAAGAGGCAGGUCAGGAUACUCAUGGUUGGUUUGGAUGCUGCUGGCAAAACAACAAUCUUAUACAAACUGAAACUAGGAGAUGUUGUAACAACAAUUCCAACUAUUGGAUUUAAUGUGGAAACUGUUGAAUAUAACAAGACAAGCUUCACUGUGUGGGAUGUUGGUGGCCAAGACAAAAUUAGACCAUUAUGGAGGCACUAUUUCCAGAACACACAGGGUCUUAUUUUUGUGCUAGAUAGCAAUGAUAGGGAGAGAUUGCCAGAAGCAGCAGAUGAACUUGGAAAAAUGCUUCAAGAAGAUGAAUUAAGAAAUGCAAUUUUAUUGGUAUUUGCCAAUAAACAAGACUUGCCAAAUGCCUUGUCCACCUGUGAAGUUACAGAAAAAUUAGGACUACAUUCCUAUCGUGACAGAGUUUGGUACGUUCAAGGUACUUGCGCCACAGAAGGAACCGGCUUGUGUGAAGGGCUUGACUGGUUGACAAGUGAACUUUCAAAAUCCUAGGCCUGGUGCUACAACUUAGUUUAACAAUUAUAGGUUUUAGUUAACAAAAUGUUUGGUUUCUUUACCUUGAGUUGUCAUCUAGUUUUCAACUCAAGUAUUGUUUUCGGGGGCUUUUUUAGGCAAUGCAGCUUGAUUUUAAACUCUUCAUUGUUGCCAGCAUUUGUGGUAGGUUUCCUAAAUUGGAAGUUUAAACAGAUAGUUUAUAGUUAACUCACUGUGGGGAAAAAUACAUUUUUCCCAAUUUAUAUCCUAGUUGAAAUGAACUUCUGUACUAUCUUUAAGAAAUUAACAUUAAGUACAUUUACCUAAUGAACUUUUUUACUUUACCUUUGUAUUAAGUUCUGUGAUACAUCAGGUCGUGCUAAAUCAAUCUGCUGAAAAAUUGUAAUUUGUAUUGUGAAAAUGGUCACCAGUUACUUUCCAUUUUAAUAAUAUUGGAUGUGGCUCCUGAAUAGACUUGAGUAAAGAGGUGGAUACACAUGUUGGAAUCCGGGAAAUAAUAUUUACCUAAUGGAGAAUUCACUGAUUGCACAGACAUUGCUUUGACUUUAUACGUAUGUUGAUUCUAACAUUAUGGCCAGAACAACCCGUUUAUGUUCCAUUGAAACAACUCCAAAGGUAUUUGUGAUACUGGCUAGUUUAAUACAAGAUUAUGGGUUUAAAUAGUCUUGUAGAUACUGUACUUGUUUUUGGCAAUAUAUAACUAGUUUCACAUCUGUCCUCAGUUCUUCCUAUUUAAUGGUACAAAUUCAGUUUGUUAUAAAAAAACAAGCUGUGUACUCAACUGUGGUGUAAACAUUAAACAACAAAAAUCAAAGUCUUAAGCAUUCUUUCUUUCAUGUUGGCAUUUCUAAACACUGAAGUUCAAUUGUAUUGAAAGUUGUAACUUUUAAAGUAUUGCAUGUUACUGUUGCUGGUGUGUGGUGGUAUUCAGUGUAAUAUAGUUAAUGUUGGUAUAUUUGACUUUGGAUGGGCAAGUCUUCCUAAAACUUGAAAAUCAACAUUCAGAUAAUGAAAGGAGUCCAUUGAUUUUAAAUGUAAUAAAGGUUUAUACAACA